AGGACCAUGUAGAAAAUGUGUAGUAUCAGGAAACUGGUCCCAAGUGCGUUUUCAAGGAGACUUGACUGUGGUGUGUGUGCUUCUCCUCUCCCCCAGGGCACUGUGAGAGAUGCCGUGGGGAUUUUCCCCCAGACCUUUGUGAAGGUGAUCAAGCCACUGCCGGAGAAGGUUUUGGACUUGGAGGAGAAUGAGGGAAGGAAACAGCUGAACUGUCUGCGCUGUUACUACUAUGACAGAGGGACCCCGCAGAGCAGAGAUAUCUGUGUGGAAGAAGAACUGUCGAUCCAGCCCUCCUACAACGACCUGCUGACUCGAAUGAGGGAGCUGUUUCACAACGAACACCUCGCUUUGAACUAUCGGGACCCGGAAGGGGACAUGAUUCGAAUUCUGGACGACCAGGAUGUAGAACUCAUGGUGUCGGAGUGCAAAAGUCAAAGUGCAGCAAAAAGGCCGGCCAACCAGUUUCCAUGGGAACUCCACGUGACGCAAAUCGACGACUUUUCUGUUUACAACACAGAACCGUGAAGCAGUUACCAGUUUUGGAAACCGGACGCAAUAUAGGACUGUAGGACUGUUCUAUGAUUCUACAUUGAGAUUAAAUGUAAUCCUUCAUUUUGUUUUUAAGUAUUUUUAACAGAUAAAUAGCUGUUGAUUACAGGAGUGCUGUUUUAAGUAAACUAAUGUUUUGUCUUGUGCAUUGAAGAAGCACCCUAGCCCAAACAUGUGUCUGCUUGACUGAUUAAGUUAUGGAAUUUUUUAUUUUCUGCAGAAAGCUGCUGAUAAGUGCAAAAAUUAAGGAUUUAUACAAGUUUCCCCUCGUAAAAGCAUAGCAAAGUAUAAAAAGGCACAGUGAUGGUAAAGCAUAGGGAAGCAUUGUAAAGCAUGUUAAAAA